GUUCAUCCGUUUGCAUCAUCAGUCAUUAUAGAACAGGAUGCUGCUCGACAACGACAAGUUCCUCACUAGAAUGGCCAAGGCCUUCGAGGACUCAAAGACCAAAAACACUGUGUAUUUGACUAUGAAAAGAUAUGCCUACACGACCAAAAAGAUUAGAGCAGCGGAGGAGGCCGAAGAAAAGGCAGCAGGAGACACAGUCAUGAAGGUGGAUGAACAGGAUCAGGAGUACCCCACAAUAGUCCGUGUCUCCUGUGGAACAAAGACAAAACUGUCAACUCUUGUCCAACCUCAGGAUUUGGAUCGGUUCAUGGUUCAAUACACGAAUAUUGUCAAGAUCAAUAUGACAGCACUCAAGAAAAAAGAGAGGAAAAAGGUCCCCAAGACCAAGAAGACGACUACAUAGGAAUCUAAACACCACUUUUAUUUCAUUUUGAGGACACAGCUAGACAUUUUUAUUUUAUUUACGAAGCAAUUAACAAAUGUUACGAUUUUGGGUCUUUGAUUCGCAACUAAAGAAGGGAACACGAAGGGAAAAAAAAAAAUGUAUCAUAAAAAUAUCGCAACAAUAAUUUUUAAGAAACUCUGUUCAUCG